CUCUCUCUCUCUCUCUCUCUCCAUCAACACACUGUGUUUUCUCUUCCUCACAAAAAUCCAAAUUUCCCUCAAAUUUUAAGCUUACUUCACACGCAUCGCUUGAUUUUCGGAUUCUGCAAUGAAUUAUCUUUCAAUCAGGGGUGAUUUCAUGGCGUGAGGCUCCACGGAUUGAGCUCAAUUCGUGUUUUCUCUUACAAUUUUUUUCUUUUUUGAGAAACUGGAAAAUGCUUGAAGCUUCAGCUGGCGUCAGCAAUGGCGGGCUAUCUGCGAACUCUUCCCCGAUUCUCAACGGCAGCGGAGAUAGCUGCGAGGAGGAACUCUCCGUCCUGCCGCGGCACACGAAGGUCGUGGUGACUGGUAACAACCGUACAAAGUCCGUGCUCGUGGGGCUUGAAGGUGUGGUGAAGAAGGCUGUUGGGCUUGGUGGUUGGCAUUGGCUGGUUCUCACAAAUGGAAUUGAGGUAAAGUUACAGAGGAAUGCUUUAAGUGUCAUUGAAGCUCCUACUGGAAAUGAAGAAGACGAGGACCUUGAAUUUGAUCAAGUGCAGUGGGACAGCUCAGAUACAGUUAUCGAGACGAAAAAUCCUAAAGCGGGCGUUCGGGAUUCGAUUUCGAAUUUUUCAGCGAGAGGAGAAUUGAGGAGAAUUGGGGAUUCUACUGGAAACGGUGUCGGAAGAGCACAGCGGAGAACUCGAAUUCGCUUUCGCGGGGAGAUCUCCAGGAUCUCCGGGAUGCCGUCGCCGGUCUACGCCGACGAGAUCUUCGUCAACGGCCAGAUCUGGGCUUCCGCAACAAUGAAUUUUGCAGCGAUUUUCACGCGGAUUUUUCAUAAACAAGGCAAUUUAUGCAAACCGUUGAUCCGUUCCAACCGGUUCCGGUUUACCGGUCCAACCGGUUUUCUACCGGUUCAGACGGUUUUCUCCCGGUUUUGGAUGUCAACGGCUCCAGUCAUCCACCCGGACCGGAAUGGAUGCCGGUUCCCGGUUGAACCGGUCGCAUUUCAUGAUUUUCAAAAGUCCCAAAGAUCAAGGCAUCGUACUCACCGGUCAUUUGGUUCGUCCAACAAAGCACUUAGCAGGUCUCCCUCCUGCGAGUCACCUGGAGUUUCUGUUUCUACUUCAAAAAAGCCUGUGGUUGACCUCAGCAAACUGGAGAUGGCUGCUCUAUGGAGAUACUUGAUGCACUUUAACCUUGUGGACGCCAUUCCGAACCCUUCUAAGGAACAACUGAUUGACGUUGUGCAGAGGCAUUUCAUAUCACAGCAACUGGAUGAAUUGCAGGUGAUCACUGGGUUUGUUCAGGCUGCAAAGAGGCUGAAGACAGUUUGCAAAUGAGCCUCAAGAGAUUGUAUUUUGUGUUCGUUUCCUGACUGUUAACAAGUUGUGACAACACAAUUUAUGGGGACCACUUACUUGAUUAGUAUGAAAAAAUGUAAAUGGUAUCCUUUUGAUGAAUACUGCCAUCUAGUCGGGUGCAGAUGUAUAUGUGACCGUGUAGAUACGUGUGUUUUUAAGACAGUAGACUGACUGAACCUUGGAAGCGCAUAUCCUUGGCAUAAUCAAAAACAUUUUGGUUGAUGUUUUGCUAGGCGCUAGGACGGGAGAAUAUAUAUAGACCUGUGCAAGGAAAGUUCAGUAUCAAUUAACCAGGCAGGCCAAAACCAUCUGAAUAUAUAUUUUGCUUUUGAUCUAUGUUUACUUUCAAAUGUAUAUAUGUGUGAGUUGAU